AUGGCACAGCCGAAGACUAUGCCGACACCGCUUGAUCCGUCGGAGUUCCCCCUCAUGACAGGCGCCCGACUGCAAAUGUGGGAGGCCCUCGAGCAGAACGACAACUACUACGAGCUGCUGCUCGCGAUCAACCAGCACGCAACUGUCCUGGAGGACAGCUCGAGGUUCAUAAGCGGCACCAGGCCCGCCGGUCGCAUCAUCAGGCGCGACCGAAGCUGCCGUCGUCGCAUGGCGAUCCUGCUGUGCAGCAUCCCCAGGACGCUCGUGGGGAGCGUCAUCCGAGGCACGGUCGCCUACGACUUUUUGGCCUCCAACGAGCCAUCGCCGGAGCAUUAUUCCGACACAGGUGCCGGCACAUAUGUGGCCGGCAUCGCCGUCCGAGGUCGCGGUGGGAUGUUCCUCAACAUCGAGGAGAUCGAGAAGAUCGUCGAGCUGCUCCUCCGGUACUGCCAGUGCUACGACAGAUACAAAGCCCACGGCGGGUCCCCCGUUUCGGCGAGUGACAAGGUCGAUCAUGCCUGGGCCCGCACGGUCGACCACGCAUGGGGCAGAAGACCCAGCAAGGAGCCGGAAAAGACACGCUUCAUCAAGUCCGACCAUGGCUACAGCUCCACCAAAUGCCUCAUCAAGAGCUUCAAAUCCCGGUGCGACCCGCACCGCAAGGACAAGAGGUCUGCGUAUAUAUACCAGAAGCAGAGCCCCCUGAUGGUGGGAUGCUCCAACGGCCUCUCCGAGAGGAUGCCCGAGCACGACCCGGAGAGCUCCAGUCGUCUGGGCUCCACCACGCCCACAUGGGCGCUGCUGCUCUGCCUUAUCAAGGUCGGGCUCAACCUCGUCCCAGAGGUCGUCGUGGUCCCCAUGAUACAUAUCUGGGAGCCCGACGACCUGCCUGCCUCGGAGGUCUUGGGAUCGGCCCUCGCCAGCUCGUACUGCUUCCAGGACGGGUUCAAUAUCAUCGCUGGUGGUGGUCAGCAGUUCACCAAGGACGCAGACGAUCCUUGUCUGUCGGCUUCCAAGAAGGAAGUUUGCCACACCAACAGUUUCCUCCUGGACAACUGCGCCGCCGUCGUCCGGGAGCUCAAUCGCAGGGCUCAGUACGUCGCCGAUGCUCGCACCGUCGCCAAGUUCCCUGAACAGGAAGUCUUCGUCAACCCCAUGCACGAGCUAUCCCUUGAGGCCCAGAAGCUCAAGCUGGACAUGUAUAAGCUGUCUGACAAGUGUCGACAGGCGGGCGAGCUCAGAUCGGAGCUCGAACGCAUCGUCGAUCACGAGUAUGAGGCGGUGGAGAUACUGGGAACCACCAAGAAAGUUCUUGAUCUGCUAUUGGGCAGAGAUGAUGAACCCGACGUCGACGACGAAGAGCCGAUCGUGGAACAGAUAGCAAUAUGA